AUGGACGCCGACUGGGAUGAGGUCACCCGGAUACCCUUUCCGCCUCCGGGCGUGCACGCGAUGCCGACGCCUGUAACUACUAUGACCUUUGACACUGUUCAGGAACUCCUUUGGACAGGCAACGAUUAUGGUCGAGUCACAUCCUUCUACGGCCCCGAACUUCAGCGGUACACAUCGUUCAAAGCGCACACCUCCGCCGAAGGUCCCGUCCGCCAGAUACUCGUCAACGAAAAAGGUGUCGUAGCCUUGGGACCUCAGGAUCUUCACAUGGCUUUACGAAGGGGGCCGUAUGUAUGGCAUAUCAAGCAUGAUGAUAUGAAAGAUUUACGAUGCAUGAGUUUUACAUCGAAGGGAACGGCAGAAAUCGUUGCUGCUGGCUGGCAAGAUACGAUGCUUGUUGUUGACCUUACUAAGGGUAAUGUAGUCAAACAAGUACCUACCGAACACCAGUACACCAUGAUGAAGCGUGGGCGCCUUAUAUGUGCAGCUACCAGAAACGGCACUGUCAAUCUCUUGGACCCAGUCAGUCUUGCGGUUGUCAAGUCAUGGAGUGCCCAUUCAGCUUUAAUCAACGACAUGGAUGCGCAGCACGAUUUCAUUGUCACUUGUGGUUUUUCACUUAGGCCGGGCCAGGGUUACAUGCUCGAUCCCUUCCUCAAUGUGUUUGACCUGAAGAAAAUGUCAUCCAUGCCCCCUAUACCCUUCCCAGCAGGUGCUGCCUUUGUGCGAAUGCACCCGAGGAUGCUUACCACUAGUAUCGUGAUAUCUCAGAGCGGUCAAAUCCAUAUCGUGGAUCUUAUGAAUAUUAACACUAGUAACGUCCGACAGGCUAACACCCUCGCCUUAAUAGGCAUGUUUGAGAUUGCACCUUCUGGUGAUGCCAUGGCGUUAACGGAUUCUGAGAGCAAUAUUCACUUGUGGGGAUCACCAUCAAAGCUUCGUUUCGUGGAAUAUCCACAACCUGUCGAGUUCGCUACCCCACAAGAGCCUUUGCCCAACAUCGAGUGGACGGAAGAGACUCCUUUCAACACAAUUGGCAUGCCCUAUUAUCGAGAAGUUCUAGCAUCCGCUUGGCCAGCUAUACCCUGCGAUGUCGGGGCACCCCCCGUCAAGUUCGACGCACAGUUUCUGUCAGGACUCAAAGCCACAGAGUUUGGACUCUAUGGACGAAACACCAGGGGAAUGCGAAGGAACCAGGUCGAGAACACGCGCAACGUUCAUAAGUCGGGUAGCUCUGGGCUCAAAGCCCCCAAGUUCCUCAGCGAGAAGGCUCGUGAGCUUGCCUCUAGUAAUGUUGCGGACUCUGAUGACAGAAUUGAUGAGAUGCUUGGUAGUCUUGCCGUUUCGGGGAUUGAAAGCAAAAAAUCCGAAGUGCCCAUGAUGUAUCGGACUGUGGAGAUCAAGUAUAGUAGGUUUGGAGUUGAAGACUUCGACUUUGGAUUUUUCAACAAAACCCGUUACUCCGGACUUGAGACACACAUUUCUAAUUCGUAUGCCAACUCUCUCUUGCAGAUCAUGCAUUUCACUCCUGUCAUCCGAAACUUCGCUCUUCAGCAUGCUGCUACCUCUUGCGUAAGCGAGAUUUGUCUGCUUUGCGAGCUUGGAUUUCUAUUUGAUAUGCUUCAGAAGGCUGAAGGCUCGGUUUGUCAAGCAACGAACCUGCUUAAGACGCUUAGUAGCCAUCCUCAAGCGGGCCCGCUUGGCCUCCUCGAAGAAGACCCCCAUGGGUCAUCUCUUAAUGUGAUGCUUCAGGGGCUUACUCGCUUUCUUUUGGAUAAAAUUGUACACGAUGGCAAGGCCAUCAAACCAGCUUCGCCUGAUAUUGACCAGGUGCUGGCUACCUCCGCAACAACCCUCAUCAAGUGCAUUAAUUGCAGAAGUGAGUAUACUCGCCCUGGCUCAACGUAUGUGAACGACUUGCUUUACACUUCUGCUGCUGCUGCUGCUGGGGGCCGAGGUGUCAAGUUGCCUCGCAUCACAUUCUCUCAAGUUCUGAAGAACAGCAUCGAAAGGGAAACAACUUCCAAGGGAUGGUGUAGUCGAUGUCAACGCUACCAGACUAUCGCCACUAAGAAGGGUAUCCAUAGCAUACCCGAAGUGCUUAUGCUAAACACAGCCAUAACGAACCAAGAACAACGGGCACUUUGGUCAACACCGGGAUGGCUACCUGAGGAAAUUGGAAUCAUUGUGGAUAGAGAACAAAUGUUCUGCUAUGAGGGUGAAGAUUUGAAGCUCCAUCUCCAGCGAGGCAUGCACAAGAUAAAAGUAUACUCAUUGACUGGUAUGGCCAUCAAUAUUGAGAGUGGACAAACACAGAAAUCACAUCUUGUGUCAAUGGUCAAUGUGGCACAUGCAGAACCAGGACCACAGGAAGAAAGUCGAUGGCACUUGUUCAACGACUUUUUGGUGAAAUCUGUUAGCACAGAAGAAGCGCUCACUUUCAAUACAUCUUGGAAAGUUCCUUCGGUUGUUGCGUAUCAGGUGAAGGACAAGGUCAACAAAAUUGACACAGAAUGGAAGAAGAACAUUGACACUUCCAUCCUAUACCAAGACUUCAAUCUCAACGGAGAUCCUGCAACAAAGACGUACCGGGUGCUCAACCCCGAUGAUGAAGUCCCUGGCCCAGAUACAAUCAUCGCGCUCGACACCGAAUUCGUUUCUGUGCGACAACCCGAGAUCGAGAUGAACUCGGACGGUGAAAGGGAGACAAUCCGUCCUACCGUACACGCACUUGCUCGGGUUUCUAUCAUCCGCGGCAAAGGUGAAGAUGAGGGUGUGCCAUUUAUUGACGAUUACAUCAACAUCAGAGAACCGAUCGUGGACUACUUGACAUCCUGGUCGGGAAUCACUGAGCAAGAUCUAGAUCCUCGGGUUUCGAAGCACAGCCUCCUGCCACUGAAGAUGGUAUACAAGAAGAUGUGGAUUCUUCUCAAUCUCGGAUGCAAAUUUUUAGGCCAUGGACUCAGUCAAGAUUUCCGAGUCAUCAACAUACAUAUCCCCAGGUCCCAGGUCAUUGAUACGGGCCAAUUGUUCUUCCUCAAGUCUCGACUACGAAAGCUAUCACUAGCCUUUUUGGCAUGGUAUCUUCUUAAAGAAGAUAUCCAAAUGGAGACGCACGACUCCAUCGAAGAUUCCCGGACAGCCCUCAAGUUGUAUAAGAAAUAUCUCGAGUUCCAAGAUGCCGGAAUCCUCGAUACGAUGUUGCAGGAUAUUUACCGUGGAGGUAGGGAUGUUAAUUUUAAACCGCCCCGAAAGGGUGAUGUGCCAAGGUCCGAUACGCCGCCUUUGCCCGAAAGCUCGACAGAGCCGGUCACACCGGUGAGAAACACCAAUUACUUGGCACAGACUCCCGGCUCUGCUUUCGGAGGCGGUUGCUGGACACCAGGAAAGGGUUCCCCACUACCGUCGUAG